CUUUUUGGAUCUAAAUUAUUUAAAUUGUAUAAGUAUUAAACUUCUAUACCCUUUGGAGAAAUAAAAUGAAAUUGCUUAAGUCGUUGAGUUUGCUUCCACGAUGUGUUUCGCCGUUGCAAAAAUGUUAUUCGACCGAUUUGAUCAGCUUGGUAGGAAUUCCCAGGGUUAAGAUAGCAAAAGGUGAGAAUCGUUAUUUGUUAGUGAUGAUCCAUACCCAUGGAUUCACUAAUUUUGGAAGGGUUAUCGUCCGAGGAGCUAAUGUCGACAAUCACUUGGAAAUUUUUGAUUCAAUAUUGGAGGAGAUGGAACCACAGGGAAUAUGUUCAAAAUGCCUUGGAGGAGGAAGGAUUCUUAACGAAGAUGACAAAAAGAAGAUCAAGAUAUAUGGCACAUCUAGAACAUUUGGUGGUGCUGAUCACAAACGGACUAGAAAUAUACUGCAAUCGUGGACGACAUACAAGGAUUUCAAGAUCUCCGUUAAGAAAUAACGUUGCAUUGGAAAUGUUAAUUUAAUUAAAAUGAAAAUUGCACAGGAAAAAUUAA